UAAAAUAUAAUAUAAAAUUAUAGGUCGUAAUUAAUAAGAUAUUUUCUUAUUUCAUUUGCAGGCCCACACAGGGCGCACCUAUGACCUAUGGACAAACCCGCCCAUUUGUAGGACGUGGCGGUGAGGGACGCCCCUGCUCUGGUCAUUGGUCAACAUCUUCUUCCUCCCUCCCUCUCGCCAUUGUCCAGAUCCUUGUUUUCCCUGCGAAAGCAGGCGCUCUUUUCCGUCUCGAUUUCCUCUGUUCUCAUUUUUAUUCUCCAGAUCAGUCUCACCUUCUCUGAGAAAUCAUGGAUCUGCAACCUGAGGAGCUGCAAUUUCUUAGCAUACCAGACAUAGUGAAGGAAUCCAUCUCCAUCCCAAAGCUCUCACCAAAAACCUUCUACCUCAUAACCCUCACUCUCAUCUUCCCUCUUUCAUUCGCAAUUCUCGCCCACACUCUCUUCACCCACCCACUCAUCGCCCAACUCACCUCCGCUGAACCUUCAGAUGCCUUCCGUUCCCACUCCCACGCCCACGAGUGGUCCCUCCUCCUGACCUUCCAGUUCUUCUACCUCAUCUUCCUCUUCGCCUUCUCCCUCCUCUCCACCGCUGCCGUCGUCUUCACUGUCGCCUCUCUCUACACCUCCAAGCCCGUUUCCUUUUCUUCCACCCUCUCUGCAGUGCCCAAAGUCUUUAAGCGCCUCUUCAUCACCUUCCUGUGGGUUUGUCUGUUGAUGUUCCUCUACAACCUCGUGCUCAUCGGCUCUUUGUUUCUUCUGAUGGUGGCUCUUGAUACCCAGAACGUGCUUUUAUUCUUGUUCGCUGUGCUGUUUAUGCUGACGCUCUUUCUUGUUAUACAUGUAUACAUAACGGCUCUAUGGCAUUUGGCCAGCGUCAUCUCUGUUCUUGAGCCGGUAUAUGGGUUUGCGGCGAUGAAGAAGAGCUAUGAGUUACUGAAGGGGAAAACCCGGAUGGCGGCGACACUUGUUUUUGGUUAUAUUGCGACUUGCGGGGUUAUUGCAGGCAUAUUUGGAUCGGUGGUGGUGCGUGGUGGGUCUCACUAUGGAGUAUUUGUUAGGAUUGUGGUUGGUGGAUUCUUGGUUGGGGUGUUGGUGAUUGUGAAUUUGGUAGGGUUGUUGGUGCAGAGUGUGUUUUACUACGUCUGUAAGAGUUACCACCAUCAGGGGAUUGAUAAGAGUGCUUUGCACGAUCAUCUUGGUGGGUAUCUUGGAGAAUAUGUGCCUCUCAAGAGCAGUAUUCAGAUGGAAAGCUUGGAUAUGUGAGGGUGGAGAAAAUUUAUUCUGUAUGUUUUAUAUGUUUUACAGUUUAUGAUUAUGUUGCAAAAAGAGAACUUUGAAAUCGGUACCUGGAAUUUUCCUAUUUUGAGUACAUAUGUUUGUUCUUAGCGUUGGAAAUUUGAUGAAAUCCUUGAUUUUAUUUGUUA